ACUAACAAAAUAACUAUAAUACAUACAUAAUCUAAAAACUAACUCACUUCUCUCUCUCUCUCUCUUUGGUUUCAUCGAUCCUAAGAACCCCUCAGACCAAUCAGAACAGAAAGCCUCUCUUUCUGUUCACUGCAUCUUUCUUUCGAUUGUUUCUUCAUCUUUCUUUCAUACUUACUGCAAAAUUGAAAUUGAUUCGAGUUAAAAGUUAAAAAGAAUUGGUGCUUUGCAAAUGGCGUCUUCACUUUCAACAACACCUUCGGCUUCGGCUUCUGCAGUAGUGAAAACUACCCCCAAUUUGUCUCAUUACAGUAGCUAUACUCUUUCCAGGGUCUCUUUUCCUCUCUCUCCUAAACCCAACUUCCGAUUUUUCUCUCAGGGUCAACAUCCUGGUCGUAACAGCUCAAGUUCAGUGAAAGCCCAAUUGAAUGAGGUAAGAUUCUUUCAAUGGUUUUCAUUAGAGGAUCUGUUUUCGAAUUUCUUGGACAUGCUUUUGGGGUCAUCUGUUGUAAAGGUUGCUGUGGAUGGAUCCUCAAAUGCUGCUGCCUCAACUUCUACCAAAUCUGAAGUGCCAUUGCAGGAUCCAAAGGAUGCGAAUCCAUCAAAUGAGACUUCGUCUCCAGCUUUGGUUUCGGAGGAGUCGAUAUCUGAGUUUAUUUCACAAGUUGCAAGCCUGGUGAAGCUGGUUGAUUCAAGAGAUAUUGUGGAGUUGCAGUUGAAACAACUUGAUUGCGAGCUGAUAAUCCGAAAAAAAGAGGCCUUGCCUCAGCCACCAUCUCCAGCUCCAGUUGUUAUGAUGCAUCCGCCGUCACCAACACCACCACCACUAAUGCCAAUGCCACCAACUUCACCUGCAGCUUCCUCUACAGCCUCUAGUCCAGCUUCCUCUGCUCCACCCCCAUCAUCACCUUCACCUCCUGCUACUAAAUCACCCAAGUCAUCACAUCCACCACUUAAAUCCCCAAUGGCAGGCACAUUCUACAGAAGUCCAGCACCAGGUGAACCACAUUUUGUGAAGGUUGGAGACAAAGUGCAGAAGGGCCAGGUCUUGUGCAUCAUUGAAGCCAUGAAAUUGAUGAAUGAAAUAGAAGCUGAUCAGUCAGGAACCAUAGUUGAAGCUCUUCUAGAAGAUGGCAAGCCAGUCAGUGUUGACACGCCACUAUUCGUGAUUGAACCAUAAUAAAGCUUGGAUAUGGAGUAGACAAGUAAAAGUACCGAGUAAAAUAUUAGAAGGCAAGUUCUUGGUAAUGUUCUGAGAUGCGGCAUUGUUGUUUUGUGUUAGAUUUGUUUUUGUUUAAUUGGAAUGAGUUUGUUAGGAGUAAAAAGAAAUUUCUGAUUCUAAUAUGAACUAUUUUUGUUGGUUUUGAAAAAUGUAUUUCACUGAAACAGCAGAAUAACUUAUUUUUCCAUGUCUGGAUAGUAUGUCUAAUAAAUUCCUUUCCUAGUUUCUAGUUCA